CCCCGCCGGUAACACUGGUCUUUGUUGUGGUAUUGCCGUUAUUGUUUUUAGCAAAAGUAUUGCUUAUCAACAAAGAGGGAUUUAAUGAUGCAGCCGGCCAGAGUGUGCUAGCUGCGAAGGCAUAUUUUCUGUUUUCUUAUUUUAGUCUGAUUUAUCAUGCUUUUGCGUCUGCCCAUUUUGGCGGCCCGCUUUCUUCACAACGGGCGCCUGCGGGUCCUGUUUGGCAUUCUCAUCUUGGUGCUGAUUGGGAGCAUUGUCUACACCUUGACCUGGCAAAAUGACUACUAUCUGUGCUUCGUGGAGGACCAAGCAGGAACGGCGACUAGGGCGCCAGAUGCCAGUGCGGAUGCCAGUCCUUUGGAGGAUGUGCUGCUGGCGGAGCCAAAGCCCACACCCGGCCGGAGCAUUUUUCACGAGACCAGUUGCCACCAAGCGGAGAACAGACAGUUUGAAAAGCUGAAGCUCACCGCCCGCCAGGCCUGUGCAAUCGAGUCCGCGGCGCUGCACAAUCCGAAUUUUCAAGUGUUCGUCCUGUUUGCCGGACCCACCUAUCGAAUCUCCACAGGCGGACGCAACAGGAGCCAUUCCCAGCCACUAGUCGAGGCUAUUCUUAGCUAUGGCAAUGUGCACCUGCGGCGAUUAAAUCUCAGGAGCUAUGCUGCCGGCACACCCAUCGAGGAGUGGUUCAAGGACGGCCGCCUGUUCCGAUCCAGGUAUCUCUUUUCGCACAUAUCGGAUUUUCUGCGCUAUCUCACCCUCUAUCGCUACGGCGGUAUUUACCUAGACAUGGACGUGGUGGUGCUCCGCAACAUGGAGGAAGUGCCGCCUAAUUACACCGGUGCCGAGUCGAACACCCACUUGGCCGCUGGCGUCAUGAGCCUGGCAGCCACAGGUUUUGGCCACGAAAUCGCGGAGUCGUGUCUGCGUGACUUUCAGCACAAUUUCAGCCCCCGUGACUGGGGAAACAACGGACCGGGGGUUAUAACCCGCGUGGCCCAAAAGAUUUGCGGCACCAAGGACAUUGCUCUGAUGCAGGAGGAUCCCAAGCGCUGUCUGGGAUUCAAGGUCUUCGGACGUGGAGCUUUCUACGCGGUGCCCUGGAAGCAGUGGCGUGACUUCUUUGAGCCGGAGAAGACGGAGGAGACGAUGGCCCGCUGCAAGGACUCGUACGUAGUGCACGUUUGGAACAAGCACUCCAGUUCGCUGCCUAUCAAACAGGGGUCAAAAAGCGCCUAUGCCAAGUACGCUGAACAAAACUGCCCGCGUGCCUAUAAGGCUGCGGGUGAUUUCUUCUAAUAUAAGUAUUACUUGCUUGCCUGUUGUACGUGCUUAUUUCCCGCUGCAAGCCAAAGAGCCUGGUAAGGGGCACAGUUUUUAGUUGGCAUCUUAUUUCGUGUGCUUCUGUGGCAGAUCGCAUUCCAAGAAAUGAAAACUCAUGUAAACGCACACGUCCCCGACGAACAUUUAAUUAAUUCUGCUCGUUUUUGUUGCAUAACGUCCCAUUGCACAAACAUGUUUACACUUUAUGGGCAGUCUCAAAGUAUUCUUAAAAAAUCCAAAAGAACAAAGUGAAUAUGGCUACUACUAUACUUUAUAAGUUCAAAAUACUCCCAUUUUUCCGUUUGCACAAACACAUUUACACUUUAUUGGCAAUCUCAAAAAUUACAAUCUUAUAAAAGAAAAGAACAAAAUUAAAAAGGCUACUGCCGAACUAAGUAAGUUCAGAAUGCUCCGCCUAUUCCCAAUGUGCUUGUAUAACCUAGCAAGUUCUCAAAAUUAAACUUAAGCUCGAAUAAGUUGUGGAAUCUGGUCCACCGUGUGCAUAUUUUGUACAAGCCAUAAAAUCAUUUUCACAAGAGUCAGGUAAAUUAGGUACUGCUAACAUAGUUUGUAAAUUUCAAUAAUUUAAGUAACAUCUUUGUGAAAGCUUUUUAGAAGUAUUUAAAUUAGAUGAAGGCUUGUACAUAAAUACAAUGAUUGGGUGCAAAUCUGAAACUAUUGAUAACGAA